AGCGGUAAUAAGGUAGACCACCAAUCUCUUCAUUUGCAUCCAUCUCACGCUACAAAACCCAAAAUAACUGAAAUAUAAAAAUAAAUAAAAAAGCAGCAAAAUGCUACUCAGCCUCUCUGCUUCUCCUUCUUCUCGUUCUACUCUCAUCAUUUUCUCGCAAUUCUCUCCGUUCUCUUCCUCUUUCCUCCCUCUCAAGAAAUACCCCUUUAAGCCCUCCAACUUUCCCCAUAAUUACCAAAAUCCCUCCCUCACCACCACCCCCAUGAGCUGGCUCGGGAAGCUAGGGUUUGGCUUUGGGAACCGCUCCCCAACCGCCAUGGACUCUUCUUCCUCCGCUGCCUCUUCCAUCGCUCAGGGUCCUGACGACGACAUCCCGGCGCCGGGCCAGCAGUUCGCGCAGUUCGGCGCCGGCUGCUUCUGGGGCGUUGAGCUCGCGUUCCAGAGAAAUCCCGGCGUUACGAAGACGGAGGUCGGGUAUACCCAGGGAUUCUUGCAUAAUCCAACGUAUAAUGAUGUCUGCUCGGGGACGACGAACCAUUCGGAGGUCGUUCGGGUGCAGUUCGAUCCCAAGGAGUGUAGCUACGACAAUCUGCUUGAUUUGUUCUGGGCACAGCACGAUCCCACGAUGCCCAAUCGACAGGGAAAUGAUGUGGGAACACAGUACAGGUCAGGAAUAUACUUCUACACUCCUGAGCAGGAAAAGGCGGCUAGGGAGUCCCUGGAGAGGCAGCAGAAGCUCUUGGACAGGAAGAUUGUUACUGAGAUUCUGCCUGCAAAGAAGUUCUACAGAGCAGAGGAGUAUCAUCAGCAGUAUCUUGCAAAAGGGGGGCGCUUUGGUUUCAAACAGUCUGCAGAGAAAGGGUGCAAUGAUCCAAUCAGAUGCUAUGGUUGAAUUAAUAAUUUUUCAGAUAAACGUACAACGCAGUUUUUAUCACAAGUUGGACAAGGGUCUGUGCAUUCUCUUCCCUCAAACGAGUAGUCUAUGCUGUCAUUUUACAUAGUAAAAUAUUGCCGGUUGUAUGUUGCUUCUAAACAUGCCGUAUAUGCAGUAUUUAUGUGCAUGAUGUUGGUUUUA